CUCAAUUCGAACGGCAACUGUCGCAGGACGGAGCAGCGCAGAUAAAUGGAUUAAUUUUUUUCCCAAACUUAAGCCACGAACUCGUUUUUUAAAGCGAAAACAUACAAACCAAGUAACCUGGCGAUACACAUCUUCCGAUCCUGAGCCAUGGUGAAAGAACGGGCCCAGAAGAAGUCUUUCCAGCAGAGCCUGGAGGACAUCAAGGAGAGGAUGAAGGAGAAGAGGAACAAACGGCUGGCCAGUGCUUCAGCUCCCAGCAGGGGCCGAUCCAGAAUGAUAAACAAAAGCAAUGUGGCCAACUCAACACACACCAUCCUUAAGGGUGUCCAGUUGAACAACAAGGCACUGGCUGUUGCGCUGCAAGCUGAAAAGGAGAAAGUGAGGCAGUCUAAUGCAGUGAUUCUGCAGCUGAAAAGGGAGCAACAGGCUUUGUUCCUUCACCUGCUUCUGCUCAAGAGGAAGCUGAAAGAGCAGGAAGCUCUGGCAGCAAGUGCUUCAGAGACUAAACCUCCAAAUAUCCUUGUUGAACCCCAAGACAAUGUGGAUUUAGAAAAAGGAAAGCGGACGAGCCAGAAACCUGAUGAGCACUUCUUGUGUGAAGCAUCACCAAUUACUGCAGAUGCUCACCCCUCCAAAAAGAAUGGACUUCAAUGUGACAAAGAGGUUACCUUGCCACCUUCGGUGGGUGUGAGGCGUCAGCGCACAGACAGAAGAAGCAGGAGGAGGUCGGAACGCGUACAAGAACAGAGGUUGUUGAGUGAGGUAGACCCAGUCACUGACUUGGGGGCUUUAACUUCAAGUCCAAUUUGCACUGACAGUGAAAAUCCAAAUCAAAAGCGACAAGAAGUUGAACCACAGAUUGCAAAUCAUUGCGACAUAGAGGAGUUCCAGCACUCUACUCCUGAGCCUGUCCCACACAAAAAGUGCCGGCAGCGCCGUAGCAAGAAACAAGCUCAGCAGCAGCCUCGUCCCAAACCAGAACCAGCUUUACAGAAACCAGAGAGAGGACGCAAACCAGAGCGGGCUCCAUUAAAGAAGCCAUGGGAGAAUCCUAAGCCCAGAGCCCGCUCAAAGAGUCGGGACCGGUCAGCCACACGGGCCAAAACAGCACCUCCGCCACAGAGCAAUAAGCUCAACACUUCAUUGGGAUUUAAUGACACAUUUGACUUUGACUGCGAAGAGGCAGUACACGUCACACCAUUCAAGGCCAAGGCCGACGACAAUCAACCUGCCACGCCCAUAAAUGAAGAGUGUCCACAAAAGGAGAAAGCCCAAACUGAAGCUUCAUCUGUGGUUUCCAGACAGGAGGAAUCUAGUUCAUCAUCACCGUCUUCUGAAUCAGAGGACAGCCUUUAUGUCCCUCAGAAGACCAAAAGGAGACAGACUUCUCCUGACCAUACAAAAGUCAUCAUCACACGUAGAGGUCGGUCCUCUAACGUAGUCAGACGGAAAGAAAAUAUCCCUCCGAAACAGGAGAUCUCUGUCUUUAGAGAUGAAGAAUCAAGCCCAAAGGCUGCAGAAUCAAAAAAGGAUGAAGGUCAUCUCCAUUACUCACCUGAUUCUACCUUCUCUAACAGCCCCGACCCUGUAAGGUUGGAACAAGAAAAUCACCAAGAGCCUCGGGAGGAGAUGAUGGACUCUUUACUUCCUGUCAGCCCCCUGGUGGAAGCUGAGAUGAUGAGAUUAGACAAUGUCCUCUCCAAUUUCGGAGAUUCUACCUGCGAAGCUCCAGCUCUUUUACCCCACCAAACACCACAGCUGCUUAAAACAAUGAAGAAACGUGGGCUUGGUGUAAGGACAACAGGGCGGGGCUUGAGUCUGUGUGAUGUGACCAAUCUAUCCCCUGCAGCCUGUCGCAAGUUCUCCUGUGGUGGCUCGCGCCUUUCUGACUCCCGAUGCUCCACCCCUGUUCCUGCUCGCAAGCGGCGCUGCACCAUGACGGUUGACUAUAAAGAGCCUUCACUAAACGCGAAACUUCGGCGCGGAGACAAGUUCACAGACUUGCAGUUCCUCCGCUCUCCUAUUUUCAAGCAGAAGUCUGGAAGGAGGUCUGUGCAGAAAUCAAGGAAUUCCAUGAGCAGCCAGCAGCCAUUCGAGAAAUAUAAUGAAUCCUUUGUUGGAUGUCGCUGAAGGCAGCUACCUUAUUUGCCCUUUCCAAACUCUGUGUUGACUGGCAUUGCCAGUAUAUAACAGAUGUUUUUUUAGAGCUUGACAAGUGAACAUAUUUGUCACUCUCAGGUUUGUGUCUGUGUGAAGACCAAUUGUGAUCAUUUUUUUUUUUAUGUGAAUUCGUUCCCUACAUAUUUUGUGAAGCUAUAGUUUGCUUCAUUUUUCCUCUUUGUGUGUAGGUAAAUGUAGUAAUGGCUUAUUCCUGGGGACGUUUUUACAAUUUUAUAUCAUUUUACUUCAAUUCUGUUAUUUUUAUUAUGUAAUCGUGAAUAUGAGUACAUAUUGUCACCUAAUGCAUUCUGAUUUGUAUCUUAAGCUGUAUAUUCUGCAGUAUGAUGUGACAAUAAACUUUUCUUCAUUUA